AAGUUUUAUGAUUAUUAAACAUCUAUGUACAAAAAUAGUACAACAAAACCAUGACUUUCACAUAUCAAUUAAAUCAUAAAAUACUGUCUUUAAAAAUAGAAGAAACCAGGAAAUAAUAAGAAAAAUAUGAAGUCCUUGAAACAAAUCCUGUUGAGACCAGGCUUGUCUUACAGAUGAAAUUUAAAACUUGCUUGACAAAAUUGACAGUGCAGAAAUGCAUCUGAUGAACAAACAAAUUGGAGGUUUUUCAAGAACAUUAUUUAAGCACUCAAGAUCCUCACUUGCUGAAGUUAAUAGCUUUCCAGCCUAAACAUUAAUGCAAAAAAAAAAAAAAUAGAUUGGAUUUUUAGGUUAAUUACCUUUGAUCUGUUUUGAUUAAAAUCCUGAAAUACAGUAGACGUUUUUUAGACUGAUUUGUUAAAAAAAAUUAACAUUCAAACUCUACAAGAAGAUUUCAUUGCAGUAUCAACUGAAAAUAAGUUAUCAUGAAUGACUGAGGUUCACAAGUUUUUCCUUAGCAAGAAAAACUAAUAGACAAGGUUUUGUAAGCGACUCUCUGAACCAACAAAAGAUUUAUUUUGUCAACAAUAGGCUGCUCAUUAUUUGUACAACCUAGAUUUUAUGAUCAUGCAAAUUGCACGUCAGUGCCAAAUUAAGUAGAGAGAAAUCACAAACACAAUUCAGGAAUUCCCUAAUACAUCGAUCGAAGCAGUUUAUCUCUGUAAAAAAUCGUCAUAUCUUGAUGGAAAAAACAGGGUCUCGAAUAUUCCCUGCUGUGGCCGAUGUAAUGAACAUGGAGUACAUUAGCAUAAUAAAGAACAACUCACUUACAACCUCAUAUGAAUUGUCUACCCAUUUACGUACCAUUACGAAGAGAGAAUUGAAAGAGCUUUGUCUAAUCCACAAAACCACUUUCCCAUCGUUGCUUAACAUCGCAUAAGAUUUUUCACACGCAAUAAAUUUUCUCGACGAUGGUGGAGCAGGUUGUCUAUAUUCCUAGUUGAGACUUAUUCUCUGCAGUUGGAACACGACAAGUUCGAGAGAGAUAAAUUACAAAUUAUUAUGGCGCGACAAACUUUUGAUCGUAAAUAAGAUGUGUUCUGAAAAAUGCGGGGUGAACUGGCAUCCGAAGCAAUAAAUAUAGAUCGACAACAAAGACAUACUGUGGGCUAAAUAGCAACUCCCAGCGGAAAACACCCCCACAUUUAAUUUGGAUCAAAGGAAAUAAUUCAGACGAAAACACAACGCGACUGGAAUCAGGAAAGUCAACAAAUUUUAUGCGAUUUUGUGAAAUUUCGCGCGUUCUUCUAGAGAAAUUGAUCUGAUCGAUUCGGUAAGUGUACUUGGCCAAAUUAAAGUGUUUUUGACCGUAUUGUCAGGAAAUACAUGAAUGUCGUCUCGGAAGAUGACACACUUUGGAUCAAAGCCUAACAUCAGACCACGAAUAUAAAGCUUAUAGUAAACAGACAAAAAUAAAAUCAAACUAAAUUGAAAAACAUGUGCAAUACAAAUAUGUAAGUCGAGUUAAGGCAAAAGCGUAAGGAAAAGCAUUCGUCUGAUCACAAAGAUAAGUAUCUUAGGCGAUAAAUAUCUCACAGCAGAUAUUAUUCCGCGCGGAGAUGUGUUUUUCCUGGCGUGCCGACGGCCUAGGAAACACGAAAAUGUAUUCAAGGGGAAGCAAACAAAAAUUGAAAAACCGCGAAAAUAUUUAAAUACACAGUUGGAGCUAAUAGAAACGAAAGCCUAAAACUUCAGAAAACUGCUUGACUUCAGGUAAAAUUCAAGUUAACACGAGGAUAAAUUAAACUCGGAAAGUAUUAUGUAAUUUUAGCCUGGCCGGUGAAUUUCUACUGAUCUUUAGACAGUGGUAGAAAAGCUCACCUCCUCUGCUGAAAAUUCCUCCUGCAGUUUCACGAUAGCCUUCAUUAAAAGUUCUCUUUCUUUGUCAUCUAUGACGUUGUAAUCGUGUUCCAAAUCGUCCUCUGUAAGAGCCUGAAAAUAGCUAAGAGGUACAUUUUCUGGGAAGAGAGCGCUCAAAUGUCCAAGUGACUCUUUUUCCAAAAACACGCGAAGUGAGCUGUCCCUGUCUUCACUUGUCGUGCUACCCUCACUUUCAGUGCGACGAACCGCGACAGAACUGCCUAGCACAUCAUCCAUAGUCUCUCUAAGCUAUUCCUCAAACGACAGCAUUCAAUCACACAUGUUUACAGCCCCUUUGACGCAGCUAAAUCGUUGAAAACAUGGCUGGGCUUGAAACAGAAAUUCUCGCCACUACACAACACGCGCUGAUUUCCGCCAUCAAUUUCAGCUCCGUUCGCCUGUUGCCACACCGCGCACCGCCUUUACCAAUAACAGUUCAUGGCGAAUUGAAUGAACUGUUUCCCAGACAGAAGUAAAAGCUUAGACUCGGUUCAGAAUGAAGUGAAAGUGCUUAAUCUCUGCCCUGUAAUAAUACUCCUAGCAUUUCACGUUAGUCAUUGAUUACCGUCGGUGGACGGUGGAGUAUAAAUAGACAAAUUUCCCAAGGGAGCAUCUAUCUGCGCUUGCGCAUACUUGAAACGCAUUCGUCUCUGACCAGUAAGAUUUCGUUGCAAUUUUAAAAUGGCGGACGAAGGGAGCAGAAAGCGUGGUUUGGACGCUGCCGAGAACAGCGACGAAGACGAAGAAGAUGACAUGAUUGGUCCUAUGCCGGCGCCUCCUCCUAAACUAAAGAAGAGACGAGUUUUAGAGUUUGAAAAAGUCUAUCUUGGAAAUAUUCCAUCAGCUGAGUCCUAUGAGAAGAGUUUUAUGCACCGGGAUUUAAUUUCACACAUUGUGGUCACUGAAACAGAAUUUCUUAUUACGGCAAGUUGCGAUGGCCACAUUAAAUUUUGGAAGAGGCAAGAUGAGGGAGUAGAAUUUGUUAAACACUUCAAAGCACAUAUGGGUGUCAUACACUGUAUUGCUGCCAGUGCUGAUGGUCAGAUCCUGUGUUCUACAGCUGAGGAUAAAUCACUUAAAGUAUUUGAUGUCGUGAAUUUUGAUAUGAUAAACAUGUUACGAUUAGAUUACAUUCCAGGACAGUGUGAAUGGAUUUUUCCUCCUGGUGCAGCUGUGGCCUCAGUGGCCUGCUCAGAGAAGGAAACAGGUGUGAUUCAUGUUUAUGAUGGACGAGGGACAAGCACACCUCUUCAUACUCUGAAUCUUCAUACCAAGCCUGUAACAUUUAUUAAGUACAAUGCUGUGUAUGAUGUUGCGGUGUCAGCAGAUGAGGCAGGCAUGGUGGAAUAUUGGUCUGGUAUUAAACAUGAUCUCCAGUUUCCCAAGAAUGUUGACUUUGAGUUCAAAACAGAUACAGACCUCUUUGAAUUUAUUAUGUGCAAGACUGUUCCUGUAUCGCUGACAUUUUCACCAGAUGGUAAACUAUUUGCUACCUUGGCAAUGGACAGGAAGGUCAGAGUGUUCCGAUUUCUAACUGGGAAGAAAACAAGAGUGUUCGAUGAGUCCCUAAAGGUCUUUACAGAGAUGCAGCAGCAAAGUCAGCAGUUACCUGAUAUGGAGUUUGGUAGAAGAAUGGCAACAGAAAGAGAUUUAGAGAAGACAGAUACCUUACGGUUCUCCAAUGUAGUCUUUGAUGAAAGUGGAUUUUUCCUGUUGUACACCACAAUGUUGGGUAUCAAAGUUAUAAACCUUCACACAAACAGAUGUGUAAGAACGAUAGGCAAGAUGGAGAAUGUGCGAUUUGUUCAACUCGCCCUGCACCAAGGCAAGACCAAGAAAUCAAAAGCAGCAGUUACAUUGGAAAUGGAAGCGUCAGAAAACCCUUCACUUCAGACUGGAGGACCUGAUCCUAUGUUGUUCUGUACAGCGUCCAAGAAAAACAGGUUUUACAUAUUUUCCACCAGGCAGCCUGAUCUCAGUGGCGAGAGUGAUCGAGAUGUGUUCAAUGAAAAACCCUCCAGAGAAGAGAUUCUUGCAGCAACUCAGGGCUCUGAAGGAACAAAGAAACUCCCUGAAGAGGCCACUCUGCAUACCACGAUGGGUGACAUUACGUUUAAACUAUUCUCCAAAGAGUGUCCCAAGACUGUGGAAAACUUUGCAACCCACAGCGAGAAUGGUUAUUACAACUCGAAUAUUUUCCAUCGUGUUAUUCAUCAGUUAAUGAUACAGACGGGAGAUCCAGAAGGGGACGGUACUGGUGGAGAAUCUAUCUGGGGUGGAGAGUUUGAAGAUGAGUUUAACAGGAAUUUAAGACACGAUCGACCUUACACAGUAAGCAUGGCCAAUGCCGGACCAAACACUAACGGUUCCCAGUUCUUCAUCAGUGUGGUGCCAACGCCAUGGCUAGACAACAAACACACCGUAUUCGGCCGUGUGACCAAAGGAAUGGAUGUUGCACAAGCCAUAAGUACCGUGAAGACAAAUCCAAAAGACGAUAAGCCGUACGAGGAGAUCAAGAUUAUCAAUGUGUCAUUGAAAGUUUGAAACGUGGACGAAAGACAAACAUAACAGGAACUUGACUUCUAUUUCUUCACUCCUUGAGGGACGCAGGCUGCUCAAUAGCCCUUCUCCCCCCAGAGAUGAAGAAGACGGCGAGAAAUAAAACCUUUCUGCAACGCUUGUCAAAAUGAACUUGUAAAAUACUUGUACAGUUUGGAAACAGGUUUGGUGUGAGACGUGAUCGAGACUGCGAUUUUCCGUAAGAGGUUGCUAGGGACGAUAGCACGUGACAUGUUGCUAUGUAACCUGACGUAUUCAGAUAGCGACAAACGCACGUGGCAAUCUUCGGAGUGCACGUGCUUCUUCUGAUUGGCCGAUUUAACAUCGGAAACUCUUCGGGUGCUUAGUUUUACAAGGAUUUUUCAACGAACUGCGCUUGCUCGCUGGAUUUUACAAAAAUAAAGUAUGCAAGGGCGAAAAAAGUGAAA